UUGGGCAUGCCAUAUACACAUAUAUCAACUGUCUUUGCAGAAAACAAUUGUAAAGACAAACCUUAGCAGCAAAGAAAAAUUGGUGUUAUUAAAUUACCAUUCUUCAUUACACUUCACUGUCACUGCAGCACGUGACUCUGCAGUUAAAGCCUUCUUAACUCUCCACUUCCAUGGUUUCAUCAACUCCCCUUGAUGCAUGAACACUUAAAGAUCUUGAAUUUGGCUGAUUCUGGAAAUGGGUUCUCGGAUUCAGCUUCUGGGCAUGUGUCUAUGCUUGCACUUGGCAAGCUUUAGCUCCUCCUAUGUGAACUCACUGAAUGAAAGUGGAGAUGAAGCUGUAAAAGGGAGUGUCAUCAUUGAUGGCAAAUCUGUGAUUGGAAAUAUUGAUGAUGAUUUUGUGUGUGCAACUUUGGAUUGGUGGCCUCCAGAGAAAUGUGACUAUGGGAGAUGCAGUUGGGGUCAUGCUUCUCUUCUCAAUCUGGACCUCAACAACAAGAUUUUGUUAAAUGCAGUUAAGGGCUUUUCACCUUUGAAACUUAGAUUAGGUGGCAGUUUGCAAGAUAAGCUAAUAUAUGGCACUGAAGAUAACCACCAACCAUGCACUCCUUUUGUUAAGAACCCUUCUGAAAUGUUUGAUUUCACGCAAGGGUGCCUCCCAAUGAAUAGAUGGGAUGAACUCAACUACUUUUUCCAAAAAGCUGGGGCUAAGAUUAUCUUUGGAUUAAAUGCUCUUAAUGGAAAAUCAAUUCACUCUGGUUCUGCAAAAGGACCUUGGAACUACACCAAUGCUGAAUCCUUUAUUCGAUACACGGUUGGAAAGAAAUUCACCAUUCAUGGAUGGGAACUUGGCAACGAAUUAAGUGGGAAUGGAGUUGGAACAAGUGUUGCUGCAGACCAAUAUGCUUCUGAUCUUGCUGCUUUACGAGACAUAGUUUACAACGCAUAUACAGAGAUUGACCCUAAGCCACUAGUCAUUGCACCUGGAGGUUUCUUUGAUGCAACUUGGUUCAAGGAAUUUAUAAGCAAAACUGGAAAAUCUUUGGAUGUGGUCUCCCACCACAUUUAUAACCUUGGACCAGGAGUUGAUGAGCACCUUGUGGAAAAAAUUCUCAAUCCUUCGUAUCUUGAUAAAGAGGCAAGCACAUUCAAAGGCCUCAAAAAUAUACUUGAAAGUACAGGAACCUCAGCAACAGCAUGGGUUGGUGAGUCAGGAGGGGCUUACAAUAGUGGACGUCAUCUUGUGUCUGAUGCAUUUGUGUACAGUUUCUGGUACUUGGAUCAGCUUGGCAUGUCAGCUGCUUACGACACAAAAACAUACUGCAGACAGAGUUUUAUAGGAGGAAACUAUGGUUUACUUAACACUACCAAUUUCCUGCCAAAUCCGGACUACUAUAGUGCUCUCCUUUGGCACCGACUCAUGGGAAGACACGUACUAUCAACUACCUUCUCUGGGACAAACAAGAUAAGAGCUUAUGCACACUGUGCAAAACAAUCUAAAGGAAUCACUGUAUUAUUGAUCAACCUGGACAACAACACAACUGUUGAAGCUGAAGUGACCUUCAGCAACAAUAAGAGUUUGAGGCACAGAAAGAUGUCUGAUAAUUUAAAAACGAUGGAAGUAUCUCUCUAUAGUGGGAGUGAAACAGCAAGAGAAGAGUACCAUCUAACACCACAGGAUGGGAAUAUACAUAGCCAAGUCAUGGUACUAAAUGGAAACGCUCUGAGUGUAAACUCAGAUGGUGAAAUUCCUUCUUUGGAGCCUCUACAAGUCAACUCAUCAGAGCCAAUAAGGGUUGCUUCUUUCUCUAUUGUAUUUGCCCAUUUACCAGAUGCUGCUGUUGCAGCUUGCAGCUAGCUAGGUGGCUCCAAGGGAAACCAAAAAUUGGUUUCACUUGCUGAUUGAGCAAAUUACACGAAAAAUAAGCUAGUUUUAAUUUAUUGUGAAAGAACAGAAUACCAAUUUUUAUUGUUCCCAAUGUAUACCAUUAAGUUCGUUGUGAUGACAAUUUGAAAGUGACAUAUUCAAUUUCUCACCAUCAUUUGAGUCAACCCCUCUUGUAU